UCAAGAUUUCUUAUCACAGCAUGUUUUAUUUGGCCAUCCAAUGUCUUCUCAGUGCUGUCUUGACUUAAAUGGGACUGAAUAUCUGGUCAAUUUCUCUCUCUCUCUCUAUAGUUCCUUGUAUAACCUUAUAUUUAUCUCAAUCUCAUUUGAACUACACAAUCAAUAUACAUGUUUGUUGACCAUCUGAACAAACAUAUUUGUUCUUUAAACUGUACAUUAUCUUGUGCCAUUACUUGUACUGGUUAUGGUGUAGAACAAACAUAAAAGAUGUCUCUAGGUGGCCAAGCUAAGCAGAAUACUAAUGCCAGUACCUGAUGUCAUGAUCAUUCCCGAGCUAGCUUCACAUCAAGGACCAGGGAGUCACCAUGUAGUACCUGAAAGAUUUAAAUUUAGCAUCUCUUGAUCAAGAUUUAAAUUUACUCUUGGUGGUCACUCAGUAGUUUUCAUUGCCUUUAAAUCAUGUUGGUCAAAUGGAAUGUCGGGAUGCAUGAAAGUUCAUACAGUGUACACAUUUAUCCGAACUGCUCAAAACCCUCAAUUUUAUAGUAGCCUGGACAUGAAGAUUAGAUGCUUGUAUAAGGAGAAGUGCUAUGUGAAGAAAGCUGCAUUGGAUUGAGAUCAAAAGAUCCAUGGCAGUGUUGGGCAAAACAAUCAACAUUUGUUCAAUAGAAACUGAAUUAUCAUUCAAGAGUGAAUUUAAUAAUAAUGAAUACAGAAACCAAAAUUACAUAGAUCUGUUUGGCAAUUCUCAAAAUCUACCUAGAUUAAAAAUCACAUAAAGUCGUGAACCAAAAAUUUUAUGCUGAAAUCACUGGAUAGUUUAGUGGAUGAAACCAUCUCAAAGUUAAUUUAUCCACCUCUACUAUGUCAAAUCUCAAAAAUUAACACAAAGGGUACAGGGAUGCUUACCAUUUAGGGUUCAGCUGUCAAUGUUUCCAGCAUUCAAUUCUUCAAGAAGGCCAAGGAAUAAUUGAGUAAAAGGAUUGCCCAGUAAAUACAAAAGCCUUAAAGCUAAACUUGGACGAUGAGAGACAGUUCGAGCCCAACCCGGCAUAUAAUAUUAUAUAUAUAUUUUAGCUUGGUUAAAGAUAGGGUUAGGUUGAGAAAGUUAUCAUAGUUCCUUGCAUUGAUUGAGUUAGGAUCAACUUAAGCUCCAAUAAUGGAGUUAGGUUAGAGUUGUAUUUCCGCGACAAGAUUUUAAUAAUAAUUACAACAAUAGUACUUGUAAGAUUAAAAAAAUAAAACCAGGAACAAUGAUAUAGGUAAUAGAUUGUAUAAGGUAUGGGUCAUCUUACAGUUCUGUCCGACCCCAACUUGAUUGAAAUCUAAUUUAAGCAAUAAAAAGACGUGUCCAAAUAUUAAAUUGGAUUCAUUAGCUGUUUUUGUACCCUCACAGCAUGCUGCUUGGACUUCUUAUUAGCUUAAAAUUUUAAAAUGUUAAACGUGCUUAUUUCAUUUCACUUUUAAAAUUCAAACUAAUGAGAAGCCCAAUUCAAUUGAGCAUUUUGAUAUUGAAUCAUUAUAGACUUUAUAGUCGUCAUUCUUGUUGCAAGUUUGUCAUUUUUCCUAAAACACCGCCAUAUAAGUUAAGGAACAACUUGAUCAUUUUGUAACAAUAUGCAGUUUUUUAAUUCAGAAUACAACUUUAGUAUCACGAGAUCUUCAACCUCCACUCUGUAAGUGACUUGUGACAAACUGAGACCUUUUACCUCAGCCCCUGGAUCUCCCUUUAUAAAAAACGUGAAGUCAAGGGUUCUUCUGGUGGGAACAAUGGAGUUCUUAAGAGUUUUAACUGUUGGGAUUUUGGUUUCAUGGGUUCCAAGUAUGGUAGGAGGGGAGGUGAUGGCUUCACACCUUGGUCAUAUUCCGGCCAUUUACAACUUCGGCGACUCAAAUUCAGACACCGGCGGUAUUGCAGCAGCUUUUUACCCCAUGGCAGCCCCAUGUGGUGAGACAUUCUUCGGAAAACCUGCUGGAAGAGGCUGUGAUGGUCGCCUUAUCAUAGACUUCAUUGCUGAGCAUAUGAAGUUGCCAUACUUGAGUGCAUAUCUGAAUUCAAUUGGAACCAACUUCAGGCAUGGUGCAAACUUUGCAACCGGAGGCGCAACCAUUAGGAGGCAGAAUGAAUCAUGGUUCCUAAAUGGUGCAAGUCCAUUCUCUCUUGAUAUUCAGACAGAGCAAUUUCAUCAGUUCAAAGAACGUACAACCGAUCUCUACAAUCAAGCCAAAAAGCGAUCCAAGAGAAGCAAUCUCCCGAGGCCCAAGGACUUCUCCAAGGCUCUUUACACUUUUGAUAUAGGGCAAAAUGAUAUUGCUGCUUGUUUUCGGAACAAUAUGAGUGAUGAACAAAUGCGAGUAGCUAUACCGGACAUCGUUGAUAAGUUUGCAGCAGCAGUUAAGUUUCUGUAUACAGAAGGGGCAAGGGUGUUCUGGGUACAUAACACAGGCCCCAUUGGUUGUUUGCCAGUAGCCAUUGUGGGUGUUCGUAAUCCGAAGCCAGGCUAUCUUGACGAGCAGGGAUGUGUCAAGGGUCAGAAUGACAUUGCCAUGGACUUCAAUAGGCUGCUAAAGGAUAAAAUGAUCCAACUAAGGACAAAGCUCCCUGAAGCUGCAAUAACAUAUGUGGAUAUUUAUGCAGCAAAGUAUGGAUUAAUCAGUAAUGCAAAGAACCAAGGUUUUGACGAGGCCUUCAAGAUCUGCUGUGGGAUUCAUGAGAAUGACAUCAGUAUCUGGUGUGGAAAUAAAGGGUUGAGAAAUGGUACGGAAGUCUUCGGUGGUUCUUGUGCUAAGCCUUCUACAUCUAUCAGUUGGGAUGGUGUACACUACUCUGAGGCUGCAAAUCGUUGGGUUGCUAAUCAAAUACUAAAGGGUUGGCUGUCAAACCCACACGUUACAAACACCCAAGCAUUCCACAAGCACCGGGAUUUAUUGUAAGAAUUCAGUUUGUGCUCUCAACAUAGCUUACCUCGUACAAGUACAAUGGGAUUUAGUGUAAUAAGUGCACUAUAAUUGUCCUUUGCUGUCUCAAGAAAUUGUUUAAAGUUUGGUUUUCAUAUGUUUAAUCUUAAUGAUAAGGACAGUAGCAGCCACUGUAUGGAAAUAA